GUCGUCCAGAUCAUGAUAAGCUCCUUCCACUUGUUUAUGUGGUAUUUCCUGUUGGAUCUUUAUGGCAAGCAACAAAAAGGACACUUUGGCAUAUAUAAUCCUGUAACCUAUAAAGUGCAUUAUCCAUCAUGGGCAGUCUUUUUCCUCCUGUCUGGAUGCCUCUCAGUAAACGAAGCAAAGAACUCCUCCGUCCAUUCAAGAAAGUUGGCUUUCUGUGGAAACGUUUUCAGUGCCUUGUUAGCAGUCAUUGGAAUCAUUCUCAUAAUCAUCGAGCAGUGUACAGAACAAGAAAUGUCCUAUAAAAAUUUUGGAAGAGCAGCGUUGGGAAAGCUGGUUUCCUGGCUUCUGUUAAUCACCUCGCUCCUGGAGUUCAGCCUCGCCUUUACCUACAUCUAUCACAUAAUCUGUAAUUGGGAUAGCCUCAUGAAUGACAUGGAUGACUUUUAUGUUGAAGAUAAAGUGGAGGAGGAAGACAGGGAAAGCCUGGAGGAGGUGAUGGAGGAGGAGGUGAUAAAUGAGUGGGAGGCAUCUGGGCAAAUGGGGAGAAGCGUGGAGUUGGAGGAGUUGGAGGAGGUGACAGAGGAAGAGGAGGAAGAGGAGGCGGUGGUGGCCAAGGAAAAGGCUAAAGGAAAAAUGGUGGGGCUGAAAAAACAGUCUGCCUUUUAGCAAGUGAGCACAACCUUGGGGGAAAUCCAGCGCUCCCUCCAGAAGAGGGACUUAUC